AUGCGGCUUGUUGUAGCGAAAAGAUGUAAUCUCACUGCCGCUCGAUCUUGGACCCAUUCGAUCUUGCAACUGCAGUCUUUGAUGAUGGGGAAGCUGUCGAAGAGGCUGAUAAGCUUGGGUUGGCAAGCUUUAAUUUUCUGGAUUUGGAAUGAGCGGAGUGGGCGUUUACAUCAUCAAAACUUUCGCUCUUCAGAUGCAAUUAUCAAGCAAAUUGAUCGACAGAUCAGGAAUAGAACAACAAGUUACAGGGAUCGUAAUCCAACUAUGUCGUCUAAGCUUCUACAACUUUGGCUCUCAACGGAAGCACAUGCGAUGAUUAGAUAA